GAAAACAUAUUCAUCACGUGACAAAUCACAUGACUCACUCUGCAACUGUACCAACUAAAAUCACCCAACUCAUACUUGUAACAUGCUUAGCAGUCAAACCUCACUUUUGAAUCUCCAUAUUUAUAUAAAAUCACCGUUUACAUGCCAACAAUUGCAUAGCAAGUGAAGAGAGAAGAGAAUAACACACUUACAGUUACCAUGAAGUGCAGUUUCCGACCAUCAGCAACUGCUGCUGCUGUUGUUCUAGCAAUUAUUCUGAUCAUACAUUUUCAUCCUCAUCAUGCCAAAGCAUCGAGACAACUCCAAUCUAAAGAAGCAAAUUCAAAAUUUGCAUCUUCACCUGUGGAUAUUCAGGCAGGAAAGGAGAAUCCAUUCAAGAACAUUGAAUCCAGCUUCAGGAGAAUACCACCCAGCCGAUCAAACCCUACUCAGAACAAGUACAAGCCACCGUGAGAGAGAUACCUGCAAGCAGACGAGAAGAAAGAACACCUAGAAACAGAUUGCACUUUUUUUUGCCUAUGUAGUAAUAGAGAGUAGCAGUUUUGUUUAGGAUAAAUCAAAAAAACUCUUUUUUCCCAUUUCGCAAAAUGCCCUACCUGCGGUUGUUUCUGUUAUCGUAAAUACAAAAACAUUGUUUGAAUUUUACCAUCUAAAGCUUAAGUAAGAAAGAGUAUCGCAUAGUUUAAACAAA